AUGACGUCACUUCGUGAUCAUCAACAGAAGAUGGGGGAGAAGAAGUGGGUGACAGUUGGCGACACAUCCCUAAGGAUUUACAAAUGGGUACCAGUAACGGAGCCUAAAGUCGAUGAUAAAAAUAAGAAUAAGAAAAAAGGCAAAGAUGAAAAAUGCGGCUCUGAAGUGACCACUCCAGAGAACAGCUCCUCUCCGGGGAUGAUGGACAUGCACGAUGACAAUAGCAACCAGAGUUCAAUAGCUGAUGCUUCUCCAAUAAAGCAAGAGAACAGCAGUAAUUCAAGUCCAGCACCAGAACAGAACUUGGCAGCACAAGCAGACGGCACUGAAGUAAAGUCUGACGAAACUCCGACAGAAGCGAAGGAGCAGCCUGGUUCAGAAGAUACCUCUGAUGAACAGAAUUCACAGUCUUCAAUGGAAAAUUCCAUGAAUAGUUCAGAGAAAGCAGAAAUUCAGUCCUCUGGAGAAAAUGAUAUAAUUACAGAGGCGUCUAAAAACUCUCAGGACUCUGAAGGAGUGCCACCUUCUAAAAAGAUGAAAGUAGAGGCUUCCCAACAAAAUAUUGAAGAGAUUUAGACUAUAGAUUUGCCUGGUCAGUUUUUCUGUAAGGUACAUCAGUGGGCUUAAUUAUAGAACAACCUUACUUAAGCAUCUUCUCUUGGAUGAGGACAGAACUCCUAACUUUUCAAGUCACCAAGCAAAAAUCCAAGAAAGCCUAACAAAGGUUUAACUUCUCAGACACUGAAAACUUUUUCCUGUGAAACAAACAUUGAGAACUUUUAAAUUACUGUCUCUGAAAUGGUUGGAGUAAACAACUCAGGA